UUUAAAGGAGGAGAAGCCAAUGAGCGGCGCCUUUCCUGCCUGGGAGCCCGCAGGAGGCGGCGGCGUCGGUGGGACGAGGGCCGGAUCCCGCGGGCACCGCCGGAGGAAGGGGCAGCCCGGCGGCCGGGGACCGUGCGCGGCGGGGCCACGCUUCCAGCACGCUGCUCGCACGGACACCGCCCCGCCGCGCCGAGUCCCAGACGUGAAGCUGGCUGUGCUCUCCUGGGGACAAGGGGACAACCUGUAAGAAGCAGACGUGGUUCUGAUUUCCUCGGAAGAAGCACAAAAGGAGAUGUCCUGUUCUUUGAAAAUAACUGGAGCCACCGGCAAGAAGCAGCGACGCCGCACCGAACAAGGGAACCACUUCCAGGUUAUCCAAGCAUGCUGCUGAACUGACUUUUGCAGCUGCAUUUUCCAAUGUACCAUGGGAUGCAUCAAAUCCAAGGCUGCCUUCCAAGGUUCCAACGCCGUGCAGGAUGAGCGGAUCGGGGCAGGCGGCGAGGGCUGUGCCGGGGAGAAGUCGUCGCUGCUGGCGGUGCAGGCGGAGGAGAAGGGCCCCUCGAGCGCCGCCGUGCUGGACUACGCGCACCGGCUCUCCCGGGAGAUCCUGGAGCAGGCGGUCAAGCAGUGGGCGGUGACCGAGAGCAAGUACAGCGACAUCCCCUUCAUCGAGAGCGACGUGCCCUGAGCCUCCUGCCAGCACAGCCCCUGCUGUCCCCUGGGCACCGCCCUGGGGAGGUGUCUGCAGGGAGAGCCUGAGAAAUCUGCCUUUCAGCCGAGAUUGCUAACAAACCACCUGGAUCGCAGUAGAACCUGUCCAUCAAGUGUCAUUCCUUGUCAGCCAUGUGUUGAGUGUACUCUGUCUUUGUACGUGUUGGGUGUGAGCAGAAAUCAGCGUUAAAAGGAGGAUGAGAAGACUGUGGCUGCCCUGCACCUCUGCAAGCACUGCCACAGAGGACAAAACGUGGAUUAUUUCUGUGUUCUGCAUAAAAGAUCAGUGGUCUGUCUGUAGGUGAGAUGAACUCUCUGUGCUUGGUGAUUUGUCUGCAUUUCGCUAAAGUGAAAUCAAGGUGUGCAUGUAGCAAAGGUUACUGCUAUCAUAAAUUUUACUUUUGAUUCUGUGACCUAACCAAAUCUGUAAAAUCACAAAAUGAUGAAGGUGAUGGGAGGCGCUUUGCAAACCCCAGUAGUAUUCAGGGAGCCAUUUGGAUGAUGAUGCUCUUCACCUUCCAUUGAAGUGAACCAGUGAGAAACGUGCCAGUGUCAAUAAGCGGUGCAUUAUCAUUAACAGAUGCUUCUGUAAAUGCUUGAGAGCUUGUCUCUAAAACCCUGCAGUAAGAUAAGUUAAUGACAUCUGGUGCUGUGUUCAGACCAAAGCUGUUUUGUUUUUUGGUUUUGUUUGGGGUUUUUUUGUGUUAGGGUGCCGGUUUGGAAGGAUUUGGUUUGUUGUUUUACUGUAGCCCAGAGAGAUGUGCAAACACUACUGCUGGUAACCAGUGAAAGGAACCUUCAGAGGCGUGGCAGUGCUUUAGGACAGUUUGCUUCACGGCAGCUCUGCCUGCAUUACACUGCAAUUCCACUCUGUAGCACCACCCUUGGGAUAGGACACCUUCCUUCAGCUUCUGCAGGCUGCUGCUUCCCCACGGGAAAACCUGUCCAUGGCAGUGCCAGCAGGAGCCACAGGAGCUCCAGCCCUGGGCAGUGCCCUGAGUGCAGAGCUGGGGACCAAGCCUUAGGCCCAAAGCUCAGGGGCUGCACUGCUCCCCAGUGCAUCCCCACACAACUCCUGCUUGCCCAGGGCUCACUGCACUCACACUGCACCACACACAUCAGGACACCGAUGGAUCCUUGGUACAGUGUUGCUGAUGUUUUUUACAAAGUGAAGGCCUUCUAACAGCUUGGCUUUUACCACUUGUUUGUUCCUUUCUCUGUGAUGCCCAGUUUAAAAGACAUAGUUCUUUUUCCUAGAUCAAAAUGUUUUCCAUUUUGUUUUCAUUUUAUAGAGAAAUGCUUUCCAUACUGGCUAAAGCUGUUACUAUUUUUACAAGGUACACAUAGUUCUAGUAAAUGAUCCAAAGCAUGAUUUUUCAAGCAAUGGGAAGCAAGCAGAAAGAGGACCAUGUCAAAUGCUGUAGAAAGACAGUCUAUGAUUUGAGCUGUUUUGCAAAUGUUGUGAUACAAACGUAGGUAUUUGAAAUUCACAUAUAAUGGGAAGUGGUUUUAUCAGGAAUGGAGGGUGAAAAAUGCUCUCUGUGACACAGCACAAGGCUGCCAUUAAAUCCCAGUGACCAGACUGGAUUCCCAGUGACCUGCUAUUAAGGCUGUUCUCAGGCUUUUGCUGGAAAAGGGAACAAAAUCAGCUUAUGCUGUAAUGUCGUCCUCUUUGAAGUUACGUAGUUGUCUUCAAAGCCAUUUGCAAAGUGGGACUAAGGUUUUAUGGUUCACUUAAAUUCUCCUGAUAAGUGACACUCCUUCAAAUUCUACAGCACAUAUUUGAUCAUACUGUUUACUCUAAAAUACCUCCAUAUAUUAGUGGGAGUUAGAAAGCAAAGCCAAAACACUAAUCAAGUCAGUACAUAUCAAUUGGAUAUUGCUUAACCUCAGUAUUAAAAAAUAUUAAUAUUCUUAUUAUAGCUAAAAUAAAGCUUUAUUACAAAAAAGAAAAAAAGGGCCAACCUUUCUAACACGAGUGUGGCUUGAGAAUGUGAACAGUAAUUAAAAUUAAACACAACCUCAGCCCUCGCUGGUGCCUGAAGAUUCCAGCAGCUCCAGAGUGGCCCGAGUGCAAUUCCAGCUGCUUUAGGAUGCUUUCCAUGACACUGGCACUUCAGGGAAGGCACACAGCAAAUGGAAAGCAAACAACAGGGAGACGGCUUCUCACCAGGAAAAUCAUCUCUUUUACAGGAUGCUGUCCUUAUAAAUAAUGCACUUACCCUUAAUAGAAAAUAAAUCUGUUCAGUGCUGCAGUCUCAUAAGAGAUGGAGGGAGGAAAUUCCCUAGAGCUCUGCUGUAUGUACAUUUAAUAGGCACAAUACUAAUACAUUGUAAAAGUAAAGACUUCUUCACCAAAAUAAAUUUAUGCUAAGCUGUGCUAGAGUUUUAGAGCCACUGACAGUGGGUUUCCAGCUAAGUUACCUUUGAUUUUUUGAUUUCAUUUUGUGUAAUAAAGGCACUCCAGUUUGGGACUGGCAUACUCUGCAAAACUGUUUACUUCUAUUUAGGAGUUAAAAAUACAUUUGCUUUAUAUUUUCUCCAGGAAACAAGAUUAAUCUGAGUGGGUAUGAUGUGAAUGACUUGAUAUUCUAAUAAUGGUUCAAAAUACAUUAACUGCAGCACAACUUUGUACAGUUGACGUUUCUGGACUAAGGCACAUCAGUAUUCCCAAAUAAAACACACUACAAUAUAUUUUUACAAUAUUUUUUGUGGAAAAUAUUUUCUUGUGGACCAAAUAAAAUUCAACUUAC